AUGUCUAUCCUCACAAUCAAAGACACCCUCCCUCUCCCCAACUCCUCCAUACACAUCCCCCGCCUCGGUUUCGGAGUCUACCAAUCCUCAGCAUCAGUCUGUGUGCAAUCAUGUCUGUCCGCCUUACAAGCCGGCUACCGCCACAUCGACACAGCACAAUUCUAUGCGAACGAAACCGAAGUAGGUGAGGCUGUCCGCAAGUCCGAUCUCCCUCGCUCCGAGAUCUUCGUCACCACCAAAAUCCUCUCCGUCGGCGGCAGUGUAGAAAAAUCAUACCAGAAGUCGGUGGAAAGCGUGAACAAGAUCGACGCGGGAGAUAAAGGAUACGUCGAUUUGUUCUUAAUACACAGCCCAAAUGCAGGCAGCAGCGCGCGGAAAGAGAUGUGGCUGGCGCUCGAGAAGUUGUACGAGGAGGGCAAGGCGAAGAGUAUUGGCGUGAGCAACUUUGGUGCCGGUCAUAUCGAAGAGAUGAAGGGCUAUGCGAAGGUCUGGCCGCCGCAUGUCAAUCAGAUUGAGUUACACCCGUGGUGCCAGCAGCGCAAAGCAGUCGAGUACUGCGAGAAACAUGGCAUUGUUAUCGAAGCCUACUCGCCCCUCGUCCGCAAUUACAAGGCCAAUGACCCGACUUUAGUGUCGUUGGCGAAGAAGUACGACAGAUCCACAGCGCAGGUCUUGAUUCGAUAUUGCUUGCAAAAGAAUUGGGUGCCGCUGCCGAAGAGUGACAAUCCUGAGCGGAUAAAGCAGAAUGCCGAUGUAUAUGGGUUCGAUAUCUCGGCAGAGGAUAUGAGCACGCUUGAUGGAUUGGAUCAGGGAGCUUCUGGGGCUAUUGUGCAGGCUGUGGACAAUUCGUAG